UCGACGCAUAGACAAGCCACUCCAAAACAUCCGUAAUGACACCGAGGCUCAAAACACUGGCGAAAUAAGCGCCAUUUAAACACUCGUUUUUCGCUGUAAAUUGCCUGCUUUUACAAAAGAAAUCACACUUCAGUCGCCUUUAGAGCAGAUUGAGGAGCGAUGGCUGACGGUGGGAAUGUCGUGGAAGGGGAAGUAGAUGAGGAUGAGCCGGCCACCAUGAGCUAUCCUCUGAUCACUGUAUCUGACCUGCCCAGCAGCACCACAGCAGGCCGUAAUCUGAAAGAAUGGCUUCAGGAGCAGUUCUGUGACAAGCCUCUAGAGCAGUGUGAGGACAUGCGUCUGCAUAAUGCCGCCUACGUGGGCGACUUGGACACCAUCAAGAGCCUGCUGCAGGAAGACAGCUUUAAACAACGGAUCAAUGAGAAAUCGGUUUGGUGCUGUGGCUGGCUGCCCUGUACACCUCUGCGCAUCGCUGCAACUGCUGGCCAUGGCGACUGCGUGGACUAUCUCAUCAACCAUGGGGCUGAGGUGGACCUGGUGGAUGUCAAGGGUCAGACAGCUCUGUAUGUGGCUGUGGUUAAUGGACACCUGGACUGUGUUCGGAUCUUGUUGGAGGCGGGGGCAGACCCAAACGGCAGCAGACACCACCGCAGCACGCCUUUAUACCAUGCAGCCCGGGUGGGCAGGGUGGACAUUCUACAAGAACUGAUCAGGUUCAAUGCUGAUGUAGAUGUGGACCACCAGCUGGGACCAAGGCCUCUGUUUAGCGCUCGCACCCUUUCCACACUGGUGGUGUGUCCUCUAUACAUUAGCGCUGCCUACCAUCAUUUACACUGCUUCAGGCUGCUCCUGGAGGCCGGAGCCAACCCCGACUAUAACUACACUGGCCCGGUGAGCCGUGAAGCGCUGAACAGAGGUCUGGCCUCCUGCCUGCUGGACGCCGUGCUUAGACAUGGAUGUGAGCCGACUUUUGCCAGGCUGCUGCUAGACCACGGUGCUGAUCCACUACUCGUGCUAUGGGAGGAACCUGAUCCUGAUGCUAUGGGAAGAGUGCGUGUCAACCCUGAGGCCUUAAACAUCUAUCAGGAGGCCAGGAAAUGUCCGAACAGGUUGACUCAUUUGUGUCGCAUAGCCAUUCGGAGGGUGAUAGGCAAGCACUGCCUGAGGCACAUCUCCAGCCUUCCUUUGCCUGAUUCCAUCAAGAAUUUUCUGCUCCAUAGAGACUUCUCUUCCCUUUCCUGAAGGGAAACCGAAGGCUGUAUUCUGUCCUGUACCUCUACUAGGGACACUGGGAAGUUUUUGUGGCCUGGAGAUAAUGCUGACGGACAAAAUAAAAAGAUCUACAGUCCUUUGAGAUCCAGAUCCUUUUGUCCUGUGCUAUAGCUUUGAUGUUACAGUUGCAUUGCGCUCAUGAUGGUGGGAAGACAUUCCCGAAAGAAAGCAAACACUUCCGGGUUUCAUAGCACAUCGUUCUGUAUGUUGCAUGUUGGUAACAAACUCUUUGUUUACACAGAUAUAUUUACAGUAACAUAUUCAGUAAUAUAUUCACUUUCUCUGAAUACAUGGUAUAAUCAUGCUAUCUCUUGUAUAUCAUUUGGAAUAUUGUCUGUAAGAGCAGUGGUAAUUUAUAUUUAAGAACAAAUUUUAUAUUUCUUUUUUUGUUUAUGGUCACUGUGGUGUAAAAGUGAAAAAGCAUAAUUUAUGAUUCUCUAUGAAAUGUAUUUAUAUCAUGCUUAAACAUAUUGUUAGACCUUGCCUUUGCCUUAAAUUAAGUUCAGAUGCCUGUAAUAAACUAGAGUAUCCCCACUGUCUGUGUUCUCGUGUGAAGAAAGCCA